GUUAAUAAAAGGCAAGCGACUGAGGUCGCGCUCUCGAACAUUUGGGUCUCUGUCUGCCAGGCAGACCCUGUGGGUUGCAGCCAGGACCUUUGCCCUGUGUCUCAAAGCAGGGCCUCUGAGGCAUGUGAGUGAUGGCUGAGGUUUCCCAGACCACCUGAGGGCUGGGACCUAAGAACUUGACCCAGGGUACCCUCCUGCCCUCCUUUCUGGUGAGUGGCAGGUCCCUGAAGGGCCCAGCACAUGCCUGAGAUGCAUCGAGACUGAGUCACCCAGGCUGGCAAUGCCCCUCAAAGCCCAGGCAUGACCACCGCCCACAAGAGCACAAAGGGUGGGUGUCCAUGGUGCUGGAGGAGCGGGAGCCUCUUAGGAUCUUGAGAACCCCAUUUUUGAGUCCCGCCCCUGGCCCCGCCCCUCCCCAGGAGGGAAAAGGCGGUUGUCAGUCGCUUGGCUCACAGGCACUGGGACCUGGCCUAGAGGACGAGAGGACAGACGGCUGCCACUACCACUUCAGGCCAGGCCAUGGACCCCCAUGAGAUGGUCGUCAAGAAUCCAUAUGCCCACAUCAGCAUCCCUCGGGCUCACCUACGGCCUGACCUGGGGCAGCAGCUGGAGGCAGAGCCCUCCUGCUCAGAGUCACAGCCUCUGCCUAUGGGUCCCUGCAACCUGGAGCCCAACCGCCUCCUGCAGCCCAUGGAGUUUGCUCCAGGGCCUAAGGGUGCCAAGGGGGCCAAGGGGGCCGCCCCUGUCAAGGGCCAGCAGGCCUGGCAGCAGCCAGGCAACCCCUACAGCAGUGGGCAGCGCCCGGCAGGACUGACCUACACCGGCCUGCCACCUAUCGGACGCGGUGACGACAUUGCCCACCACUGCUGCUGCUGUCCCUGCUGCUCCUGCUGCCACUGCCCUCGCUUCUGCCGCUGCCACAGCUGCUGCUGCGUAGUCUCCUAGCCUGGGCGCACAGCGGGCCCCAGGUCUGCUCAGGCAGCCACGGCAGUGCCUGGAUGUUUGGGGCAGCCCGGGGGCCAUGGUCAGGGUGUCAGCUGCUUCCCACACUGCACAGGGACACCUACCUGCCAAACAGGCCAACAGCUCAGCUCAGGCCCCUCGCAAAGGAGCUGUGGGUGCUGGCCGUGAGAGCAGCCCUGGGGACAGCCCUGACCCCCUCUCUCAAGGCCCAGGGCCCAAGCAAUAAAGCAGAGUGAGCUUUG